GUCGACUGUGACGGAAACUCCCACCAGUCACUCGACUGCAACGUUAUUUCCUGCAGUGAUGAGAUGCAGUGAUGUCCCGCUGCUGUGUGUGUUUUUAAAAACCCAUUGAAACUCAAGUUUACUGCACUUUAAUUCACCACAGAGGCAUGAACUGAGGAAAAAUGAGAGACAGGCUGAGUGAACUGGCAAGUAUCGCCAACAAAGUCCUCCAAGAGGAAAGGCACGUCGAUAAAGGAGAAAAUGUGGAUGAAGAUGAACUGGAACAGCACGCGGUGGUGUUUGAAGGAGAGGACAUCAUGGAGGACACCUUCAGAGAAGCCCAAUCCAUCCAGAAAGACAUCGCCCAGCUCAGGAUGGAGGUGAAGAGAUUGGGCAAGCAGAACACUCGGUUCCUGACCUCCGUCAGACGCAUCAGCAGCAUCAAACGUGACUCCAACACGAUCGCGCGUAGCAUCAAAACCAAAGGGGAGCACCUGUACGCUCGGAUACAGAAGAUGGACGCUCUCCGUAAAGAGCUGGAGGAACAGCACGGAGCCGAAUCGGCUUUGGUCCGCAUGGUGCGCCACCAGUUCGUCUCCAUAACGUCGUCGUUUCACGAGGCCAUGAACGAAUACAACAACGCCGAAAUGGCGCAGAGGGACAACUGCAAGACUCGCAUCCAAAGGCAAGCGGAGAUCAUGGGUAAAGAGGUCACCGGUGAACAGGUCGAGCAAAUGAUCGAGACGGGAAAGUGGAAAGUGUUCUCGGACGACUUGCUCACGGACGGGCGAACCGCUCGCUCGGCGCUCAAUGAGAUCGAGAAUCGCCACAAGGAGCUUUUGGAGUUGGAGAUUCGUAUCAAAGACAUCCACGAGCUCUUUUUCCAGUUGGCCCUGCUGGUGGAGGAACAAGGGCCCAUGGUGGACAACAUCGAGGCCAACGUGUGCGCCACCGAGGACUAUGUGGCCAAAGCUACGGAACAGAUAAAGAAGGCUGUCAAAUACAAAAAGAAAAACCCUUGCAGACAGCUUUUCUGUUGUUGCUUCCCAUGUUGCAAUAAAUGAUUUCCACGCUCCAUUUCACAGAUGUGUUUACAUCAGUCAUAGCAUAUUAAACAAGCAAUAUACCUGCAUUUUGUCACCUCAUUUAAAGUGGACUUUGCUAAACUGCUCUUACUAACUCGAAGAUCACACAACCAUCGCCCAGUGCCCACUGCUCGAUGGCUAGGUUUGAGAAAAGCUCGAUGCCUUUUGGUUAACCACACGAGCUGCAAUGUAAAUGAGCUGAAGUGAUGCUAAUGUUUUUUUACUGUAAGUGUUGCAGAGCGAUCGGUUGAUGUGUUAAAGAUAUCAAAACAGAAGCUGUAAAUAACUUGACACUUGUUUUAUGGCAAUCUUUACGUGCGCAGAUAUUAUUCAGAGGCAUGCUUUAUUGAAUCAAUAUUGCUUUAUUUUAAAGUACAUAGAAAAUGUAUGAAUUAUUAAUUUAAUAAAUAUUUUUAUCUGUUGGAUUGUCUUUAUGUUGGUUUAUCGGAUGAUCUUAUUUUCUACAAUGUUGUACUUAUGUUAGAUCGAUUUUGCAAUAUCAUAUCAUGUAUUGCAUCAGUGUUGUUUUACAAAGAUACUUCUGCAUUGCGUCUUGCGAAAGGGAUCUAAAGCAUUGUGUUGGGUUUGAAUAAAAUGUAUAGCUUGAAUGCAUUGGUAAUCACUAUAAGCGUGUGCCAAAUGUCCGGUUUCAAAUGAAUACAGCAGUUGAAUGCAUUCAAACCCUGCUGAAAUAUACAUUUUUAUUCACAAUGAUUUUAUUUAUUUAUCUGCAUCUUUAAUUUUGAGUUAAGGUAUACUAUAUAUAUUGACACUGUGUUGCCAUUUUUACCAUUUGAUGUCAGUAUUGUGCUUUUGUAAAAAAACAACUCCAGGAACUGGAGCAAAUUAA